CUCAUGUCAGCCUUUAAUUACGCGGAAAUAAACCUCGACUCAAGCUCGACCCGGUAGCGUUGAUUUGUUGAGAGCAAAGGAGGAAAAUUUGAAUCUAUCAAGGCAAAGAACUUUGAGUGAGGAAACAUGGAGUUGAGUAUUGCUGUAUCAGAUUUCAUUCUAUGUUUUUCUUCGUUUGGGACGGCUGUGUCCAUUCUUCCCAUCACCACAUUCGGAGCAUUUGGUUUCUUAAUCAUGUCUGUAGCAGCAGGCUUUGGAUCUGCACGCUACUCUAUGUCCUCCCCCAGUGAGCAUAUAGUCUCCUGCCAUGCAUCCAUGAGCUGGCUAGCAGGAACUUUAGGACUUGCACUGAUGGCCGGAGGAUUCUACCGUAAAUAUGGCUCUCGUAUCCUAGCAGCGCUGCAUGUUGGUGUACCCACCAUGUAUGCUAUCCUUAAAUUUGUAAUCGCAUUCGACGCUGUGGUAGAUACUGCCCUCACGACAUUCAUUAGCUCAUCAGCUGUCCUCUCGAUUGGUAUCUAUAGCCUUAUACAGAAGAAUCCCUUUGGAAUGAUGGGAGCAUUUUGUUACAUGAUGGCUGCUGCCGUAGGGACCAAUGGAGAACUCUUUGGUAUUAAACGAGUGGAUUGGUUCCACUAUCUACUAGCGUUUGGCGGUGUGGUGUUGAUGAGAGCUUUCCACUUUGAACUUCCCGUAGAGAAAGAAAAAACAUCGUGAGAAUUCUCAAUCAUUCCCAGCUUGUACUGAUUCUAGUUGUAUUCCACUUUUGUAUUACCUAUUUCCAUUUUAUAUAAAGACAUUAUGUAUGCCUGAGUCAGUCAUGCUGGAACACCGGAAUGUGUUCCAUCGAUUGGAUUCCUGUACUAUUUUCCCAUUCCAAUGUUCCGACACAUUGAGUGACAGCAGCACAUUUUUGGUGCUAUUGAAUUCUAUGACAGAUUAAUAUGGUAUUCUUUAAUUUUUCACAAUUCUGCCAAAUAAAGACACCAUCGGAAUCUGGAAAGAAAAGUUCUGUCAUAUUAAGUCUCAUUUGAACUUCAUUAAAUACGUUUGUAUGAAGAAUUGAAACAUUACUGUAAUAAGUUUGAAUGUGAUUUUUUUUCUAUCUUGUAUAGAGAAAGUAAAGAAAGUGAUUAUUGUACCCUUUGAACUGUUAGUACUAUUGAAGCAUUUUCUUGUCAGAAAAUUGAUAUUUAUUGUACCUGACUUGUAUUCUGAAGUUUGUUCAAGUUCACAGAAUUUAUAUUUAAAAAAACCCUGAAUGGAUAAC